AUGUCUAAAAGACACACCAAGAGUCAAUCAACAUAUGUAUGUAAUAAUUACUCAAUUGAUGAGCCUUACUAACUUUUAUAGGCUUUUGACAAUACUGCAACCAAUGUUGCUGCUUCUCAAAUGAGAAAUGCUUUAAAUAAUUUAUCAGAUACUGUUACUGAAGAUAAACAAAGAUUUGAAAAUGAAAUGGAUAAUUUUUUUUCAUUAUUUAGGAGAUAUCUUCAAGAAAAAGCUAGUGGUACUACUUUAGAAUGGGAUAAAAUUAGAUCGCCAAAUCAAGAUGAAGUUGUUGAUUAUUCGAAAUUGGAAGAAUCUUCUUCAACAAAUUUAGAUAAAUUGGCAGUUUUAAAAUUAAAUGGUGGUUUAGGUACUUCAAUGGGUUGUGUUGGUCCAAAAUCAGUAAUUGAAGUUAGAGAUGGUAAUACAUUUCUUGAUUUAUCAGUUAGACAAGUUGAACAUUUAAAUAGAAAAUAUGAUGUUGAUGUUCCAUUAUUAUUAAUGAAUUCAUUUAAUACUGAUGCUGAUACUGCUAAAAUUAUUAGAAAAUAUCAAGGUCAUAGAAUUAGAGUUAAAACUUUUAAUCAAUCAAGAUUUCCAAGAAUUUUUAAAGAUUCUUUAUUACCAGUUCCUGAAAAUUAUAAUGAUUCAUUAGAAUGUUGGUAUCCACCAGGUCAUGGUGAUUUAUUUGAAGCUUUAGUACAAAGUGGUGAAUUGGAUGCAUUAUUGGAACAAGGUAAAGAAAUUUUGUUUGUUUCAAAUGGUGAUAAUUUAGGUGCUACAGUUGAUUUAAAGAUUUUAGAUCAUAUGCUUCAAACUAAUUCUCAAUAUUUAAUGGAACUUACUCCUAAAACUCGUGCUGAUGUUAAAGGAGGAACAUUAAUUAAUUAUAAUGGUGAAGUUAGAUUACUUGAGAUUGCUCAAGUUCCAAAAGAACAUGUAGAAGAAUUUAAAUCAAUUAAAAAAUUUAAAUAUUUUAACACAAACAAUUUAUGGAUUAAUUUGAAAGCUAUUAAACAAUUAGUUAAUAAUAAUGCAAUAACUGUAGAAAUUAUACCAAAUCAAAAAACAAUUGGUAAUUCUAAUGUUUUACAAUUGGAAACUGCAGUUGGUGCAGCUAUCAGACAUUUUAAAGGUGCUCAUGGUGUUGUUGUUCCAAGAUCGAGAUUUUUACCAGUUAAAACUUGUUCAGAUUUAUUACUUGUUAAAUCAGAUUUAUUUUAUUUAGAACAUGGUGCAUUAAAAUUAGAUCCAACAAGAGAUGGAUUUUCAAAUCCAUUAAUUAAAUUGGGUUCACAUUUUAAAAAAGUUUCUGGUUUUCAACAAAGAAUUCCUCAUAUGCCAAAAAUUUUAGAAUUAGAUCAUUUGACAAUUACUGGUAAUGUUUCAAUUGGAAAGGGUGUUCAAUUAAAAGGUACUGUUAUUAUUGUUUGUAAUGAUGGUGAUAAAAUUGAAAUUCCAAAUGGUUCAAUUUUAGAAAAUGUUGUUGUUACGGGUAAUUUAACUAUAUUAGAACAUUAA